ACAAGGAAAAGGACUCUAAGGACGCUGAGUUUGAGGCGUACCUGGUGGAAGAAAAGAAGAAGAUUGAGGCCAAGUUGGAAGAGUUGAAGGCACAAGAAGAAAAGCACGCGGCGGCCAAAGAAGUGUUGUUGACCCAAAAGCAGGAAAACCAAGACAAAAUCGACAACGAGGAACAAGAGUUGAUUGGCUCCAGAAAGACUGUUUUGGAUGACAUGCAAGCCGAAAGAGAUGAAGAAAUCGCCCCCAUUUUAGAAGAGUUGAAGGAGGAAACCGGUAAGUUGAACGAAUUGACCGACGCCAAGAAUGAGUUGGAUGAUGAGGUUACCAAGUUAUCUUCGUUGAACGAAGAGUAUACUGCCAAAAUCAAGGAAUUGGAAGAACAGUUGAAGGCGGCCGAGGAAGACAUCGAAUCGCACACCAAGAACUUGGAAGAGUCCAGUGCUAAACUUGAGGAAACCAACAAGGAGAUUCAAGAGUUGACCCAAUCGACUGAAACUGAGCUUGGCCAAAUCGACGAUGAACACAAGAAAUUGGAUGAGGAAAUCGGUACUUUGUCCCAGACCAAACAACAACACUUAGACGAUAAAACCAAACAAAAGGCCGAGAUUAAGCAACAGUUGGCUGCAAGAGUAGAAGAAGAGCAUGCUAUCAACCUGGAAUUACCUGAGCAUUUGAGAAAAGAUGUAAACGAAAAGAAGUUGGCUGAUACUUCGUCACUCUUCUCCGAUGAAGCAGCCCCUGAACCAGAAGUCAAGGCCGAACCAGUGACAAAGACUGACAAGCCUUCUGCCACUGCUGCUACAGUGAAAACCAAGAAAGUCAAAGCUUCCAGAAUCAAGAGACUUUCCAACUUCUUCAAGUCCAAACCACCCACUCCUACCAAAGUCCCCGUCAAGGUUCUGGACAUCAAAAAGGCCAACUCCAAGGCCGACAUAAAGAAGGAACCUGUGGAUGUCAAGUCGCAAAAGACCACGGAUAGCUACGACGGGUUUGAAGAAGAGAUUCCGCCAAACAAAGGAGGACUCUUCAAGGAAGAGAUUUAAUCCCAACCCUAUUUUUUUAUUGUACUUGUUUUUUCAUCACUAUUUAAAAUGAUUUGGACACCAACGUUCCAGGUGAUUUCAAGUGUACUUUAGCUACCUCAUUUGGUGGUAGUCGUUUUAAAAAGUUGUUUUAUUCUACCGUGUAUGUUUUAUUAUGUUGUAUAGAUAAAUAUUCCGCACUGAAAAGUUUUUGUACC